AUGGCGGUUCCGGGGCGCAAGCUCUUUCUCCUGGUGCUGAACUUCCUGAGCCUCAUCCUCUUCUCUGGCACUGUCUUCGGCUGGACAGCCCUCUCUCAAAUCUUGGUGAUGGAGAACUUCUACUCAGAGCGUUGUGAAGGUGGCCCACCUUGCGACGCACAAACAGCGGCCUUGAAUGCUGCGUUUACACUUGCGAGUACUGCAUACGGUCUGUCCUCUUUGCCAGGAGGUCUUCUCCUUGACAAAGCAGGGCCGUUAGUGACAAUCAUUGUCGGCGGCACCAUAGGUGUUCUGAGCGUCACGGGUAUCGCGUGCUUGAGGUACAUAUUCCAUAGCUGGCAUGUAGAUCUUUUUCCUCCUAUGCUUGUAGGAGUGGCGAUUGGAGGCUCGUUGAUUCGAUUCUGUGGCUAUUCUGUCGGGUUCCUUUUUCCCUCGCACUCGGCUUUGCUAAUUGCCACUGCCAGUGUCCUCUUUGAUGGAAGCUGUUUGGUGUUCCCAGUCCUACGGGCCAUUUACAGUGUUGCAGAGUACGAGGCCGUGUUCGGAGGCUAUGCAGUCCUCGGUCUUAUCCUGUUUAUCUUGCUUCCCAUAGCUUGGAAGAUGAACAUGCCCGAGAUGCAGCGAGUUCGGGCAGAAGCCAAGUCCAGACAACAGACAGGUGGAUCCAUAGAGACAAAAACGCUUCUACAGCAGAUGCAGAGUUUGGAGUUUCUCGCGGUCUUGUUGUUCAGCACUGUCCAACUAACGCAUUCGAAUCUUUACAUCGGCUCCGUCAACGACAUAAAUGCCGAGAUCGCAGAGAAGACGAAGAGCACGGAGCAGCUUCUGCAUGUGAAUACGAUCGUUUCCUUCGUCAUUCCUAUGGGAUUUCUGGCUGUACCGGCAAUCACGGCUUCCAUACGACGGUUUGGCAAUGUUGGAACUCUGCAAAUAACCAAUGCUCUGGGGGUCGUGGUGAAUGUCCUCCAACUGCUUCCGAGUUUGUGGCUUCAGGUUCUCACAGUCUGUGUGUUUGCGAUCUUCAGGGCAUUUCUCUUCAGCAAUGUGCCGCAAUUCAACGCUCACUACUUCGGCGUCUUGAACAUGGGCAAGAUUCAAGGUGUUUGUUUUCUGUCAGGAGGUCUUGUGAACUUGGUCCAGAACCCGUUGAUCAAUUAUAGCCUACUGACGCUGAACAACUUCAAUCCUAUGCUGGUGCUAUGCAUAGCUGUAACCAUCAUCCCAUCAUGUGCUUGUGCGGCGUUGCAGUUUCGGGAAAGGCGGAAGAUCAGAGAAACCCUCUUAAACUCUCCACCCGGGUCCCCGCCUAUGCCGCGACCACGAGCGCGGAGUGCUUCUUUGGUCUCGAUUGCCGCCAUGGGUGACGGCAUUCGGCGCUCUUCGUCUCUCGGCGUUUUGGCUUCGCCCAUGCACGGGAGCAGCACCUCGCUGCAAGUCAUGAGUCUUUGUCCGAGCAGCUCCGAAGGGGACCUUGCAGACUUCGAUCUGGAUCGACACGGUGUGUCUAUGGUUGAAGAGGACCCACAGAGUCCCACGCGACGAGAAUCGUCCUGCGUGCUUUUCUUCGAUUCUUCGCACCGGCACAGACGGGUUUUCUUUCCGUCCCUUUUGAGGACGCAAAACAUCAUCAAAAUCAGGCCUAAAUCUCCAAUGGGCUGUACGUCCUCGACGUCUAAACCAGGCGUUGCUGGCACUCAGGCAGGGGAAAAACAAAGCCAAGAACUUCGUUUGCUAGAAGAAUAUUCUGUGGGUCUCACCUUGGGCGAGGGGGCUUUUGGAGUCGUCUCAGUAUGCAAGAGACGGUCCACGGGGGAGGAGUUUGCAGUGAAGAUGGUGGACAAGGUUGAAACGCCAGUGGAAGCCAUCCGCAAGGAGGCUGAUAUGCUGGCGAGCAUGGACCACCCAAAUAUUGUCAAGUUUCACGGCGUCUACUAUGAGAGGUGCUUUGUGUGUAUUGUCAUGGACAAGUUGGAUGGCGGCGACCUCGUAGAGGGACUGCAACGCCACCUCAAGGAGCGCGGUCAGAUUAACUGCCUCGACGUGGUUCACGUCGCGUACCAGAUGGCUGCUUCCAUCCACUAUCUCCACCAGAGGAACGUGGCCCACCGGGACGUGAAAGGUGACAACUACCUCAUGGACCGGAAGAACAUGACGGACAAGCAGUGCAAGAUCGUCCUCACGGACUUUGGCACUGCUUGCACCGCCAGCACCACGGAUCGGCUCUCUUCUGGAGUCGGAACGAAAAUCUUCUGGCCCCCAGAGUUCUUCGACCGCGACUAUGGGCAGAAGGUCGAUGUGUGGGCCAUGGGCGUCAUCAUGUACGGUCUCGUUAGCGGCCGGUUCCCUUUCCGAGACGAGAACGACGUCAGGAACAAGGAAGUGCGCAUUCCGAAGCGAGUUCACCCAGUCUGUGAGGAGUUCAUCCGCAAGAUGCUCGAAAAGAACGAGAAGGCUCGGCUGAGCUCCUCGGAGGCGCGCGCGCACCUUAGUAUCCAAAAGCAUCUGCUAAGGUCACCCGACGGUGGUGACAAGCUGGCAGAAGAGGAGGGCGACAAGGAGGCAGAUGGCAUGGCAGAGGCCGGCGUGAACGACGGCAUCAAGGAACGUCGUCAGGAGCUGAUCCUGCGAAUGAACCGGGAAGCCGACAGCCGCAAGGGCAUCGCAACGAAGAAGCAGCUCCAAAACCACAAGCACAAGAAGUUUGUGGUUGCAGACAAGAUCGUACAGGGCGGAAAAGCGUCUUACGAGUGGACGAGCGAGGAUCAGGUUAAGAAGGAGAAGCUCUUGGACUUCGAGAACCUUCAGCCAGCACCAAAGGACGAUCCGAUGGACCUGGCGAUGUUCCGAAAGACCUUGGUGGAGCACAACAUCGACGUCAGCCAGUUCGGCGUCGGCAAG